GCUCUAAUAUUAUUUGGCGCCAAAAACCAAGCAACUGUCAAAGUUGUUGUGUGAAAACCAGUGAAAACUUGAAUGUGCUUUGUUUAAUUUGUUUUAACUGUUAUUUUAUAUUAAUAAGAGUAAAAACUGUACAAUGGAAGACGGUGACUUUGACCAACGCUUACGUGAUUUACAAAGGGAAUAUUUGGAGUUCCUAGACGAUGAGGAAGACCAAGGCAUUUACAUGGAGAAGGUGAAACAGAUGAUAGCAGAUAAAUCUCAGAGAUUACUUGUGAGCAUUAAUGAUUUGAGGCGAAAGAAUCCUGAAAGAGCACGAACCUUGCUUGAAAACGCGUUUGAGGAACAGAUAGCGUUUCAAAAAGCUCUCAAAGAGUAUGUUUCUUCUAUCGAUCCGACGUACGCGAAGGAACAGGAGGAGUUCUUCGUCGCGUUUAACGGAAGCUUCGGAAAUAAACAUGUUACUCCUCGUAGUUUGACCUCAAGGUAUUUAGGCAAUCUAAUAUGUGUGGAAGGCAUAGUGACCAGGGUGUCUCUGGUGAGACCAAAGGUUGUGCGCAGCGUUCACUACUGCCCGGCCACCAAGAAGGUUAUGGAGAGGAAGUACACAGACCUGACCUCCUUUGAAGCCUUCCCCACUUCUGCGGUUUAUCCUACUAAGGAUGAUGAAGGAAAUCCCCUCGAAACAGAAUAUGGCCUCUCCCGCUACAAAGACCACCAGACCCUCACAGUGCAAGAGAUGCCAGAGCGAGCCCCUGCUGGCCAGCUGCCCAGGAGUGUGGACAUCAUAUGUGAUGAUGACCUGGUGGACAAGUGCAAGCCAGGAGACAGGGUGCAGAUUGUCGGCAACUACAGGUGUCUACCUAAUAAGCAGGGUAGCUUCACGGCUGGUACUUUCAGAACAAUCCUCAUAGCGAACAAUGUAACAGAAAUCAACAAGGAUAUGAACAUGAACAUCACUCUAGAAGACGUGAAGCUCUGCAAGAGACUCGCCAAGCGCGGCACGGCUGACAUGUUCGAUCUGCUGAGCAAGUCGCUGGCUCCGUCGAUACAUGGACAUGAUUAUAUUAAGAAGGCUAUUCUGUGUCUACUGCUGGGAGGCAUGGAGAAGGUGCUGCCUAAUGGCACGAGACUAAGAGGUGACAUCAACAUUCUGCUGAUCGGCGACCCGUCGGUGGCGAAGUCGCAGCUGCUGCGCUACGUGCUGCAGACAGCGCCUCGCGCCAUCACCACCACCGGCCGCGGCUCCUCCGGCGUCGGCCUCACUGCUGCCGUCACCACUGACCCCGAGACUGGGGACCGCAGAUUGGAAGCAGGCGCCAUGGUGCUAGCCGACCGCGGCGUAGUGUGCAUCGACGAGUUCGACAAGAUGUCUGACAUCGACCGCACGGCCAUCCACGAGGUGAUGGAGCAGGGCCGCGUCAGCAUCGCCAAGGCUGGGGUACACGCCACGCUCAACGCUCGCUGCUCCGUGCUGGCUGCCGCCAAUCCUGUGUAUGGACGGUAUGACCAGUACAAGACUCCUAUGGAGAACAUAGGUCUGCAGGACUCGCUGCUGUCUCGCUUCGACCUGCUGUUCGUGAUGCUGGACAUCGCCGACGCAGACCACGACAAUAUGAUCUCUGAACAUGUGCUCAGGAUGCAUCGAUAUAGGAAUCCAAAAGAGCAGGAUGGUGAAGUAUUACCAAUGGGCUCCACCGUGGAGAUGCUGUCCACUGAGAACCCAGACAAUGAUGAAGCUGAGGAAACAAAUGCCUCCAUAUACGAGAAAUACGACCCCCUGCUUCACGGGAACACGCGCAGCAAAAAGGAGCAGUACCUGAACACGAAGUUCAUGCGCAAGUUCAUACACAUAGCGCGGCUCAUGAAGCCCAAGCUGACGCAGGAGGCGUCGGACGCCAUCGCCGACGAGUACGCCAGGCUCAGGAACCAGGAUAUGAUGGACAGUGAUGUCGCUAGGACACAACCAGUAACAGCGCGUACGCUGGAGACUCUGAUCCGUCUGUCCACCGCGCAUGCGAAGUGUCGGCUGAGCUUCCAGGUGACGCACGACGACGCGCUAGCGGCCAUCGAACUCGUGCAGUUCGCUUACUUCAAGAAGGUGUUAACAAAAGAGAAACGUCGCAAGCGCCGCGCGUCAUCCGAUGGAGAGGAGGCCGAGGGCGACCAGCCUGCCGCGCCACGUGCUAAGAAGUCUAGGAAAACGGGAGCAGAAGGCGAGGAUCCAUACGCGUUCUCAUCAGACGAGGAGGCGGAACCAGUUCUGCGGGCAGCACACUCCUCACAACCUGAGCCCUCGCAGCGAACCACCAGGUCCUCGCAGAAGACUACUAUUGAAGCCAACAGGUUAACCCAAUUCAAGUCAGCUCUCCAGCAACUAUUCCGCGAGGAACGCGCGAACUCGCUCCCGCUGUCCCGCGUGACGUCAUACGUCAACGACAAGUAUUCGCACGAGACGUUCUCUGACGGAGAAGUGAACGCCGCGCUGCAGCAGAUGACGCACGACAACCAGGUCAUGAUGGCUGAUGAUAUCGUGUUCUUGAUUUAAUGGGGAACUAGUAUAUACUGAGUAAUCUUAACUUUGUACGAAGUCCAUGUGAACCGCAGGUCAUGGGCAUUUUAUCGUCAAAAUAGUGGUUCUACGUUAUUCUGAUUCCGAAAGAGUAUACACUACUGCAGAAUUCCAUCAAGCAAUUCUGCGAUUCUGAUGUGUUCGUUACUUAUGAUGGUGGUAACACCACAAACACACUCACAAACUUUAGCUUUUAUAAUAUUAGUGUGCUUAAGGCCACGCCCCAUUUGUUUGGCUCCAUACGUUCGUCAUGCGAUUUGUUGCUUUGGGGGACACAAAUGACCAUUAUGUGCCCAUGACAUACGGUUUGCGCAUGAACCUGAGUUAAUAGAUCUGUAAACCAGAGUAACAAGUUGUUGCGUUGUACCCACCUGCAUACUUAUAUUGUCACUAUUUCCUCAUCAGGAAAACUGUUUGAAUUUCAAUUUAUGAAAGUAAUUAUGUAUGCAUUUACUUGAAAAUAUGUAAUACCAUUUUCAAUUACUAUGAAAUGUAGACCAUUUUAAAACUAUAUAAACAUCACUGAUUGAUCAGCCGCCUAAAAUAAGUUUAAUAUUUUUGUAUUUUCUUAGCCA